AUGUCUAUUUAUGGCAAUAUUGGUUUAUACGAAAAAAUACGUAGAAGUGUGUUUCGAGGAAGAAUUAGUGGACCGACCCCGUUAUAUAAAACCCCGCUAAGAUUUAUUUGGAGUAUUUUUUAUUUUGUAGAUAUUUUAUUAUUAUAUUUUUUCGUUAUAUCUUUCCUUAUUUCAAUAAUUUUUCAACAUGAAUGUUAUGAAUCAUUUUCUAUUAUCCUUUACACAUCAGCCAAUUUGGUAUUGAGUUUUUUUAUAGAUUUUUUAUUGUUAAUAAAAGGGGACGAAGUUGUAAGUGAAGAAGAAAUAGUUGCAUCAAUACUUUUAACGAUAUUUUUUUGUACAGUAAAAGUUAUUAUUAAUGUAUUUACAAUGUAUUUAUUUUUUAUAAAAUAUGGUAAUAUUAUUCAUACAACAAAUCUAGCUAUUUCGAAAAGGUGUAAUACAUUUGUUGUAAAAUCUGUGCUAAUUAAUUAUAGUAUAUUAAACUAUUUUUCAUUGGGAGAAACAUUUUUGGAAUUUAUUCUCACCAUAUUUUCUAUUAUACAUUUUAAAUUACAAGUACAAUCUUACGAAACUAUUAUUUAG